AUGUCGACCAAUGGAACAACCACAGUGCCGCAGGUGAAGACAGGCAACUCAACAACCUCAAAAACACCCUUCCACUUCGCCGCUGGCCUCUGCUCCGGCCUUACUUCCUCCAUCCUCCUCCAACCCGCCGAUCUCCUCAAAACUCGAGUCCAACAAUCUCAGGGAGCCGCCCUCCUCCCUACCUUGAAAGCCAUUGUCUCCUCUCAAAAUCCAAUCCGCGGGUUAUGGCGCGGCACGCUUCCUUCAGCUCUACGUACUGGCUUUGGCUCAGCGCUAUACUUUACGAGUCUUAAUUCAUUGCGCCAAGCCCUUGCGCAAAGCAACCCACUGGUCCUAGCUAGCCCAGCAAUAGGCGCAAAGUCAUCGUCUGUGCUCCCCAAACUCUCCAACACGGCCAACCUCGCCACAGGAGCCGUCGCAAGAGUCGCUGCAGGCUUCGUAAUGAUGCCAGUGACCGUGAUCAAGGUCCGGUACGAGUCGGACUUUUACGCAUACCGCAGUUUAAUAGGCGCAGGCCGCGACAUCAUCCGGACUGAAGGAUUCCGUGGAUUGUUCGCAGGAUUUGGCGCUACUGCCGCUCGUGACGCCCCAUAUGCAGGUCUUUAUGUCCUCUUCUAUGAGCAACUGAAGCGAAGGUUCGCCUUGAUGGCCACGAAACCUUCCGUGAAUGGCGAGACACCAGUGAUAGGCGUGUCAUCCUCAGCCAUACAUUUCGUCUCCGGUGCAGCGGCUGCCGGUAUGGCGACCGCAAUCACCAAUCCUUUUGACGCUGUCAAGACCCGGCUGCAGCUGAUGCCUGCCAAGUACAGGAACAUGGUGCACGCUACACGCUUGAUGAUUCACGAAGAUGGCAUGCGCAGUCUUUUCGGCGGACUUGGUAUCCGUAUGGCUCGCAAAGCUAUGAGUUCGGCGCUUGCUUGGACCGUGUAUGAAGAACUCAUCACACGCGCUGAGAAGCGGUGGGAGACGAAUCACCAGAUCGGUCUUUAG